AUGUUCUGCGAAGAACGUGAAAUGCAGAAGAGCUACUGGAUGGAGCACUCUGCUGAUCUCAGUGUCGAGGCUAUGAUGCUCGAUUCCAAAGCCUUUGAUCUUGACAGAGAAGAGAGGCCUGAAGUACUCUCUCUGCUUCCACCAUUUGAAGGAAAAGCAAUUCUGGAACUGGGAGCUGGCAUUGGACGUUUUACUGGUGAAUUAGCUAAAAAGGCCGGUCAAGUUCUAGCCGUGGACUUCAUUGAAAACGUGAUAAAGAAGAAUGAGAAUGUCAACAGGCAUCAUAAAAAUGUCAAGUUCAUGUGUGCUGAUGUGACGUCCCCCAAUCUUAAUUUUCCAGAAGGAUCAUUUGACCUGAUAUUCUCCAACUGGCUGCUUAUUGCUGCUUGCCUUGGGAUCCUGGCAGCUAGAAAACGAAUGGUCAAAUGGCUGAAAGAUGGUGGGUUUAUUUUCUUCAGAGAAUCAUGUUUCCAUCAAUCUGGAGACUCUAAGAGAAAGAAUAAUCCAACUCAUUACCGAGAGCCAAGAUAUUAUACAAAGGAUUGCUACUUCUGGCUUGUCUGUACUCCAUGUGGGUUACCUGGUUGUCUCUUCAUGCUGGGAGUAGCACGGUUCAAACACUACAUGCCUUGCCCUUUCCUGAGCUUAUACAGUAAGGAUCAGAAGGUCUUCAAGGAGUGCCUUCUGCGUGAUGGCUCUGGGAAAUCCUUUGAACUCUCCCUUAUUGGCUGCAAAUGUAUUGGAGCUUAUGUGAGGAACAAGAAAAACCAAAAUCAGGUCUGCUGGACAUGGCAGAAAGUCCGUUCUGAGGAUGAUAGGGGGUUCCAACGCUUUUUGGACAAUGUCCAGUAUAAAUGUAAUGGAAUACUACGAUAUGAACGUGUCUUUGGACAGGGUUUUGUUAGCACAGGAGGGAUUGAGACAACAAAAGAAUUUGUAGCAAAGCUUGACCUUAAGCCUGGACAGAAAGUCCUGGAUGUGGGCUGUGGCAUUGGUGGAGGUGAUUUUUAUAUGGCUGAGAACUUUGAUGUUCAUGUUGUUGGCAUUGACCUUUCUAUAAAUAUGAUUUCUUUUGCUCUGGAACGGGCAAUUGGGUUAAGUUGUUCGGUUGAAUUUGAGGUUGCUGAUUGCACCAAGAAAACAUAUCCAGACAACACAUUUGAUGUGAUCUACAGCCGAGACACUAUUCUCCACAUUCAGGAUAAACCUGCAUUGUUCAAAAUGUUCUUCAAAUGGUUGAAACCAGGAGGAAAAGUUCUUAUUAGUGACUACUGCAAGAGUGCUAAACCUCCAUCAUCAGAGUUUGCAGAAUAUAUCAAGCAAAGAGGUUAUGACCUACACAGUGUGGAAGCAUAUGGCCAGAUGCUUAAAGACGCUGGUUUUGGCAAGGUCAUUGCUGAGGAUCGAACAGAUCAGGAGUUCUCAUUAUACAAUCAAUUUCUAUGCCAGUUCAUGACAGUUCUGCAGAGGGAACUGGAUGCAGUGGAGAAGGAGAAGAAAGCAUUCAUUACAGACUUCUCUGAAAAGGAUUAUGAUGAUAUUGUGGGUGGUUGGAAGGCAAAGCUGGUGAGGAGUUCUGCCGGAGAGCAGAGGUGGGGACUUCCUGGUGUUGGUGGACGCCCUUUUGAUUUUUUGUGCUUCGGUCUAUGGAAGCCAAGUUGUCCUGCUUAUAAUCCGUCCGUUGAUGCAUCCACUUAA